ACACCCUCCUCGUUUUUUCCUUUUCCGUGCGAGCAGGCAUCUUUCUUAAAUAUCAUGAGCAGAUAGGAACACUGGCUCUCCCCAUACAGUACCUUGUAUGAGGUCAAAAUGAGGACGGCAGCGAUACAGGCGGCCAGGCAGGCCUUUGGCUCUGCUGUGGCGGGUCCAGCGAGCAGAAGGGGCUUUGCAACGACUAGCAAGUGUCUGGCUAGCUAUGGCUUCAUUGGGCUGGGUCGAAUGGGUUAUCCAAUGGCAAAGAAUCUGCGGACGAAGAUUGCAAAGGACGACACAAUGUUCAUACAUGAUGUGAACCCGACAAUAACGAAGCAAUUCGUUGAAGAGUUCCAGAGUGUUGGCCCCGUCACAGCAGCGGAGAACGUGAGGCAGGUUGCAGAGAACGCGACCACCAUCCUCACCGUCCUUCCUGAACCCCACCACGUUCAGAAUGUCUUCCAACAAAUGCUCAACCCGCCAUCUCUCCUGACCUCCUCCCCCAACAAAGAACCUCGUCUCUUCAUCGACUGCUCCACCAUCGAUCCCCGCUCCUCCGCCGAAGUCUCAGAAGCCACUCACGCGACAGGUCAAGGCAAAUUCGUUGAUGCACCAAUGUCUGGAGGUGUGGUUGGUGCUGCAGCAGGAAAGCUCACUUUCAUGGUCGGCUGCCAAAAUGAGCAAGUUAAUCGCAUUACAGAGGUUCUGAGCAUGAUGGGAGCAAGAGUCGUGCAUCUAGGUCCUCAAACAAGUGGUCUGAAAGCAAAGCUCGCGAACAACUAUCUGCUGGCUCUCAACAACAUCGCGACAGCGGAAGCGAUGAACAUGGCUGUUCAAUGGGGCUUGGACGCGAAAGCAUUCGCUGACAUGGUCAAUACCGCAACCGGGCGAUGUUGGCCUUCAGAGGUGAACAAUCCCGUACCAGGCGUCGUUGAGGGCUCACCCGCCUCAAAAGGGUACGAGGGCGGAUUCGGCACGGCAUUAAUGUUGAAGGAUAUAAAGCUUGCCAUCCAGGCUGCGACCGAGCACGGUAUCGUUCCCAGGUUGGGAACACAUGCGAAGGACAUUUACCAGGCCGUGGAAAUGGAUCCGGAACUGAAGGGCAAGGACUUUAGCGUGGUUUAUAGAUAUGUGGGAGGCAAGGUCAGUGACCCGGGCAAGCCGUGAGAGAUCUGAUCAUUGUAGUGGAGAUCUGACGGCCUAGAGGAUAUCCCGAAGAGAGGAAAUUGUAAGUAUGCCAGAGAAAUGCAUACUUCAAGCUGUACCGACCUGUUGAGCAAAUACAAAAUCUCGUCUUUCUGGCCACCAG